GUUGGAUCGGUUGCCAUACUUGCUGUGGCCUCGCCAUGUUGGCCUUCCGCUUUGCCCCGUUCCGACCCAGCCUGAGAGGUCUGGUGACCGCGACCACGCCAAAGAAGAUUAAGCGCUUUUAUGAGGAUGUCACCGUCCACCAGUCUGGGGAUUUUUGGCACGUGCUGCUGGAUGGCAAGGUGGUGAAGACGCCCCGCGGCACGGUGCUGGAGCUGCCAGGCAAAGGGGUGGCCAAGCAGGUGGCCAUGGAGUGGACGGCACAGGAGACGCACCUGCAGCCCUUGGAGAUGCCCUUCACCACGAUCGGAUGCACUGCUCUGGACAUCACCCGUGAGGACCCCGCUGCUUGUGUGGAGCGUCUCUUGCCCUUUUUGGAGAUGGACACAGUGUGCUUCCAGGGCGACGGGGAGGUUUUGGCGGAGCGACAGCAGCAAGAGUGGGGCCCGCUCAGGGAGUGGUUUCAGACCCAGUACGGCGUGCGGCUCAGCCUUGCCUCGGGCCUCGCGGCACCUCAGCACCCGGAGGAGACCUUGCCCAAGGUGGCAGAGAAGCUGCACGACAAGGACCCCUGGGAGCUUUGCGCCCUUGAGAUCGCCACUCAGACCGCGAAGAGCCUUGUGGUGGCCAGCGCUUUGCUGGACCGGCACAACACGGCUGAGGAGAUCUUGCGCCUGGCGCAGCUCGAAGAGGACUUCCAGAUCGAGCGCUGGGGUAUGGUGGAAGGUGAGCAUGACAUCACUGAGACGGAAAUGCUGAAAUGGUUCGCUGCAUGUCGGGAAUUCGGACGGGCGCAGCGCCAUGCGGAGUAAAACACUCCUUUUGCGGCCGAGUAAGAAAGGGAGGUUUACCAAC